UUUUAACUUAAAUUAACUAUAUUCCUCUUAUUUUAUCUCUUAUUAAAAUAAAUUAAUUAAUAAAAUAAAUCACAACCUUAAGAAAUUUCAUAGAUUAUUUGUUUGGAACAAAAGAGAAAAGGAGAAAAAAAAUCCCAUGUCCUUGUCUGUAUUAUCCCUCUGUGCUGAGACAAUUCGAAGUUGAAAUCCCUUAGAGAGGGAGAGACUGGGUUGAUUCCUUCCUUGAAGAUGUCUAUGGCGACCCAUGUUUUUUUUGUCCUUACCAAACGAAACUCAAAAAGGAAAGAAGCCCUUUUGAUGAAAUAGUUGUGAUCCUUUUCUUUGUAAUCCAGAUUGAGAUCAAAAACUUAAUUCUUCUUCCUUUUUUCUCUUUUAUUUUUUUGGGGGACAAUUGUUUUUACAUCGUUUAUGAAUUAUAUCCAUCAAAAUUUAAUUAAUACAUUUUCAAAGUUUUUUAUUUGGAAAUAAAAUUGGGGGUUUGUUUAUAGUAAUAAUGGAACCCGAAAGUAUUGAAACCGUUAUAUCUUCUGAUGUGUUCGACGAAGAUGCAAUUCCUAGCCGUUCUCACCACCAGUUCGUUUCAGUUCCAAAGUCUCAGAACGGUAGCAACAAUCCUGUUACAACCAGUGUUCACGAGCUUCUUGAAUGCCCUGUCUGCACCAAUUCAAUGUACCCUCCCAUCCAUCAGUGUCACAAUGGCCAUACCCUUUGUUCUACUUGUAAAACAAGAGUUCACAAUAGAUGCCCUACGUGUAGACAAGAGCUUGGUGAUAUAAGGUGUUUAGCACUAGAGAAGGUAGCUGAAUCGCUUGAACUGCCUUGCAAGUACUGCUCUCACGGUUGCCCUGAGAUUUUCCCCUACUACAGUAAACUCAAACAUGAGUCUCUAUGUAAUUUCAGACCGUACAACUGCCCAUAUGCUGGAUCAGACUGCUCUGUUGUUGGGGAUAUACCUUUUCUUGUUGGUCAUCUACGAGAUUAUCACAAGGUUGACAUGCACUCGGGCUGUACAUUUAACCACCGUUAUGUAAAGUCUAACCCCCGGGAAGUGGAAAAUGCUACAUGGAUGUUAACUGUCUUCCACUGUUUUGGUCAGUAUUUCUGUCUCCAUUUUGAAGCUUUCCAGCUUGGGAUGGCACCUGUUUACAUGGCAUUUCUGCGUUUCAUGGGGGAUGAGACAGAAGCACAAAACUACAGUUACAGCCUUGAGGUUGGAGGAAAUGACCGAAAGCUUAUAUGGGAGGGCAACCCUAGAAGCAUCCGGGAUAGCCACAAGAAGGUCAGAGAUAGCCACGAUGGCCUUAUAAUACAACGAAACAUGGCACUCUUCUUUUCGGGAGGAGACAAGAAAGAACUCAAGUUGAGAGUUACAGGCCGUAUAUGGAAAGAACAGCAGAACCUGGAAAAUGGUAACUGCAUACCACUCUGCACUUAACCUGGUUUGAAUCACUCUCUCUCCCAUAUGUGCCACGAACACUAACCGUUAUCAGUGAUUCUGGACAUAACACGAUUCAUUUGUUUCAUUUACAUUGGUUUGGUACAUAGUCUGUGAAGCUUCGAGUUUUUCUCACCUGAAAUAUGGAAACUUGCCCGUACGAUGCUGUGCAAUUCCAUAUAUAUUUAUAUAAAUAUAUGUAUACUUGUGUGUAUAACAGUGUGGAGGAUGAGCCAUUGUCCUGUCAGUAUAAGUAGGUAGUUGAAACACAAAGGAAAUCUACUGGACUUCAGGGGGGGUCUCCAUCUUUCCAUUAAAGAAUACAGAAGAUAUUUUAACGGCAAAAACUGCAAAGUGCGCCGUUAAAAGUCAAGUCUGUUUGUGAAAUGAUUUCUUCGUAUAAAAGAUAUCAUAUGCUACUUCCCUUCA